CGGGGCGGUGCCUCCGCUCGCCGCGUCCGGCGCGCGGCCGUUCUGGAAGGAUCGCGGCGGCGCGGCCCGGGCGGGCGCGAUGUCGGGGCUGCUGCACACCACGCUCAGCGGGCUCAACAGCGACUCGUACUGCGAGAUCAGCCAGUACCGCGACCAGCACUUCCGGGGUAGCAGGCAGCUGCAGGAGAAAUCGCUGAAGAUUUCCUCCACGCUGUACGUCGGCAAUCUGUCCUUCUACACCACCGAGGAGCAGAUCCAGGAGCUCUUCUCCAAGUGCGGCGAUGUCAAGAGGAUUGUCAUGGGUCUGGACAAGAUCAAGAAAACCCCCUGUGGCUUCUGCUUCGUAGAGUAUCCUUUCUGGUUCCCCUUUGUCAGCGCGGAUGUGGCUGGCACCUGUGGUUCCUCUGCACUGCAGAAAGCACACUUAGUUGUCCUUACAGAGUGCCCCAGGUACUACACGAGAGCAGAUGCUGAGCACGCCAUGAGGUUUAUCAACGGCACGCGGCUGGACGACCGCAUCAUCCGCACGGACUGGGAUGCGGGGUUUAAGGAGGGGCGACAGUAUGGGAGAGGAAAGACCGGAGGACAGGUGCGAGAUGAAUACCGGACAGACUACGACGUGGGAAGAGGUGGCUUUGGCAAGAUCAUUCAGAUGCAGAAGGCAAAUCACCAGCCUGCAAUCUAUUAAUUGCCUCGUGGUUCCUAGCUCACAGAGGGCUCUGUCCUUCCAGAGCUAGCCCUGUUCUCACAUUUGGGAUCAGGGUAUGGAGUGAGAUCCAAGUUCCAGCAAAAGGUGACUCUCCUUAGACUGUGGAUAUACACAUGUGCUCGUUCUCCCUCCUUUCUGAGCUAGAGAGGAUGUUCUGUGCUGAUACAGGGCAGCAAGGGGAAAAAAAUGGACAGCUCUGCAGGAUUUUGGGCAAGAAGAAAUGCAGCAUGUCACACACAUCUUAGGCUAUGACAUACUCUUCAUGUUGCACUUAAGCAGGUGGCUUCCUCCAAGCUGCAGCUGCAGCUGUGGUUGCUUUCAAAUGGAACUUUUAAAAAAAGCUUACCACCAUUGGAGCCCUCCAGGUGCCUGGGCAGCUAGUGAGGAUGCACAAGAGAUUCAGUUUUCUAAUUUAUAACCUCACCUGCUUAAUAAACAGUAUUACUGUUUGAAUGAGAGAGAAGUGGACAAGGUCUUAUCCACCUGGAGGUGCUUGUCUGCACAUCUAGCCCUUGGGCUGGUCAGGGCCUGCAGAGCAUUUCUCUUUGUGAUGCCCCCAGUGCUGCCUGGCUUUUCAGAUCCUCGCUGUUCAGUGUGAUUUUGUUAAAAGUUUCUGUUAAUUUUUUUAAAUAAAUAGUUGUAUUGGGUCUGACUGAGCUUAAGGUAAUUUUACCCCUAGCAGCCCUCGUAGAGCUGUGCUUUGUAUUGGUAGCUAGGAAGGUGUUGAUAAAACACCAGUGUUUUGGCUAUUGUUGAACAAUGUUCCCACAGCAUCAAGGCUGUCUCUAACAUUCCCACCUCACCAGCAGGCUGGGGUGGGGGCAAGAUCUUGGGAUAUUCCAGACCAUAUGGCAUCUGCUCAGUGGUAAUAGCUAAGAGAAGGGAGAUGGGAGGCAUUCCUUGUUAAAACAUCUGUCUUCUGGAGCAGCUGCUCUGUGUACUGAAGCUGUGCUUCCCGGGAAGUGGCCGGACAUCUCCUGCUGGUUGAAAGUAGAGAAUAAAUAUUUAGUUUUUCUUUGCUCCCA